GGGAAACGCCUGGACUACAGCGUCGACCUUUCUAGGCCGCGGGAGGCUGGGGAGGGCAGCUCGCUGGUCGCGCGGUCAUGGCUCUGCGCAAAGCGCUGAUCCUGGGCGCGCUGGUGGGCACGGGGGCUGGCGUGGGCUCAGCGCUCUUUGUUCUCGUCACCCCCGGAGAGCAGCGGAAGCAGACGAUGCUGAAGGACAUGCCGGAGCAGGACGCGCGGCACCGGGACGAGACGGCCAAGAUCAAUGAGUUGGUGCUGGCCAGGCUGCAGGAGGCCGCGUCCACGCAGGACAACGUGGCCUGCAGGAAGAACUGGAUGGGCGGGAGGUAGCGCGGACCUGCCCUCGGCUGCAGGGCUGGACGCCCUCCGGGGCGCCCUUCUCCGUGGGCUCCGCGUGGAGUCCGGACUUGGGGUGCUGCGCCCAGUUAUCCGAGUCAGGCUGGAAGAGGCCGGUGCUGUGACUCUGUGAUUCACGUUCCAACUCCCCCACCGCCGACCCCCCAAAAAGAGCGCAUUGACUGCUUUUUAUCGUCCACGCCCUGAUCCCCAGGUGUCAGCUGUGGCCAACUUGGGAACCAAUAAAAUCCCUUUUCUCCA